CUUUCACUUCUUCAUUAGAUAUGCUGCUGGUAAUAAAAUUAGUUGUAUUGGUGGUAAGGGGCAGAUGUUGAACUGCAGUUUCCGUUGAGACACUGUGACUCCACCACAACUGAAGCAACAGGUCACUGUCUGUGCUGCUGUUAAGUCUCAUGAAAAACUAUUGAAGCUCACUUCAGAUGACUCUCAGAAUGUUUGCUGCAGAUCUUCUUGUAUUCAGCUCUAUUAUAUCAGCUGCUUGGUGUCAGUCAGCCCUGAAAGUAUCGAUCCCCAAAUCCCUCAACACCACCAGUGGCUCUUGCCUUCUGAUUCCUUGUCUAUUCAACAUUUCAAAGGAGAGAGAAAACAUUCUUGAAAGUUCACCAGAAGUAACAUGGAGACGAGGAUCUCUGUGGUCACUCUACGACACAGAUGGUUUCACCAUCGAUCAACGUCAGAAGGAGCCUGUGAUGGAAGUGGUGGGUGACCUACGAAAGAAAAACUGCACUUCUGUCAUGAGGAACCUCACCAGCCUGCAUUCAGAUCGUUACUUCUUCAGGAUUCAAGCUGAGAACUUCCAAGUGACUGAAACAAAAGCUGUGCAAAUAAGUGUGUCAGAUUCCUUGGCUGAGCCGGAUGUGACUGUGCCGGUGCUCAGGGAGGGUGAGGAGGUGAAUCUGACCUGCACUGUUCCAGCUCCCUGCCCCAGUCGCCCUCCAAAUGUAAUCUGGGAUCCUGCAUUAGGUGGUAACGUAACACAGAGGACACAGAUGAAUGCUGAUGGGACUCAGAGUGUUUCUGCCAUCUUGAAUUUCAUCCCAUUGUUACACCAUCAUGAGCUGAAAGUGAACUGUGUUUCUAUUCAAAAUCUACACAGAGAGGACAGACCCCUGCUCAGCCACAAGAUGGUCAUCCUCAGUGUGGAGUGUGAGAUUUUAACCAAACACAAUCCUCCGAAGGAAACAUGGAUCUCUUUCACAGACUUGGUCUGGCUUGGUGAUAAUGUGACCCUCACCUGUCAAAGUAAAGCCAACCCUCCUGCGGUCCACAGCUGGUUCAUGAAGAGAGCAGGUUUAGAGGAAGAAUUGGGCAUCUCACAUGUGAUUUCUUUCACUGCUUCCCAUGAUAACACUGGGGAAUACAUUUGUGAGGCACAGAAUCUAUACGGUGCAAUGAACUCCACAAACUUACAGAUCAAUGUCCUAGGCAUAUCCUUCACUGCUUUUCUCUCAAUUUUGGCAGCUUUAUCACUACUUAUAUUUGCACUUCUUGCAAUGACUAUUGUUAUGAUUUACAGAAGGUGUAAAGAGGCAAUCAUGAGUGAAACGAACCAAGAUCAGAACAUUUAUGCCAACAUGUCUGCAAGUGCAGUGAAAAAUAAGCAGCUCCAGUCAAAGCCAAAUGAUGAGAAAACCUGUACCAUUAACCCUGUAUACGCACUCAAACAUGAUCUCCACGACGAAACCAUCUACGCAAACUGUUGAAGUGAAAAGUAGUUUGUUUAAAACAUCCAUUCAUUGAUCCAUUCAUUGAUCACCACUGAACAAUUAGUCUCUGGAUGUCAGUAGUGAUCAUUUGAAUCAGUAUUAGCUGCAUAUACAUGAAUAAACUUCUCAAAAGUCAUUUAUAUCUAUUAUGUUCAGAAUCAUAUCCUCGCUAUUAACUUCAAAUAAUGAAAGUUCUCCAGUACCUCAACACCAAAUGUCAGUGAACUACCUGUAUCUUCAUUUUUAAUUUUUAUGUGAUAUAAUUCUCUUCAUGCUUUUACAGAUUUUAGCGGAUGCAGUGGUUUGAAUUUAUUUGAAUUUAUCCGUGUUAAAUAAAAUAAAAAUAAAAAAACACAGCUUUUCACUUCAUAAGAUAUUAAAUAAUAGACUAGAGUUAAAUACAGUAUUUAACCAGCUGCUAACAUGCCCCAUGUCCUUGUUGUGUUGUCAGACAGCCAAAUGCAUGGGUUGAGUAUGUUUGGACUAUUUAAUUUGUGUUUUAUUAAUUGUCUGGAAUGUUUAUAUAUAUAUAUAUUAUUGAGUUAUUGUGCUGAUAUAUUCUUGUUAUUUCUUUUGUUAUUUUAAAGUAUUUAAACAUCUUGCCAAAGGACUGCAGUUGAGAAUUAGCCAGCUGGCUGACACUGCCAAAUUUUAAUCUUACAGUUUUUUUUUUCAAUCGCUAACAAGCGCUUAACCAUACUUCAGAUACUUUUUCUAAACUCUUAACACAGACUAACACCUGCAAAACACAAUUGGCCAAAUGGAUAAUUUUCUUCUCAAAAACACAUUUUGUUAAAUAUAUACUAAAUCUUCAUUUCAAAAUAGAACACAUCUUUCUCUGCACACACCAACUUUACCAAAACACUGGAAAUCUGACUCAAAAUUUAAUUAUUCUGUCAAAGAAUAACACUUGUUUUCACCUCAAAAGGUACAUGCAGUCAAUCAAAGUACACCAGGUUUCAAAAUACUGGCUAUUGUUGACAUUACAAAAACUGCAUAGACUUCAGUCUCAGUUUUACAGGUAUUUGGAUGCAAAACAUGCAAUUCACUGUUUUACACUAAAUUUCUUGGUUAGGAACUGUAUGUCCAAAUCUACAGUAAUGUUCACAUUCAAAAGCAUUGCAGUAAAAAGCUAUUUUUUUCCUUUACUGUUUACUGCAGGAGGUACAGUAUAAACACAGUAUGAUAGAACAGAAAAUGUUUGACAGUAUUGCUUACAGUGAACAAAAUAUCCAUGAAACACAUAAGAGCAUUCUGAACAAAAAACAACAACAGCAAAAAGCCCAGAUAAAAAAAAGGGGGGGGGGG